UCUUUUUACCUUUUAAAAUAAAACCCAUCUUGGGGUUCUCUUUACAUCAUCAAUGCAUAUAAAACCUCCACUUCGUUUCUUCACACACCCAAUCAUUCUAAACACAAAAGAACCAUCAAAACACACUUUUCUCCUCUAUUUCCCACUACUUUCUCCCAUGAGGGUUUCUAAGAAGAUGACUGAUUCUUGCAGUGAACAAGAACUUGAUGAGCUAAGAAGAGGACCAUGGACACUUGAUGAAGACAAUCUUCUUAUUCAUUACAUCACUUGUCAUGGAGAAGGUCGUUGGAAUUCGCUAGCAAAAUCUUCAGGAUUAAAGAGGACGGGAAAAAGUUGUAGGCUACGUUGGUUGAAUUAUCUAAAACCAGAUGUAAAACAUGGAAAUCUUACCCCACAAGAACAACUAUUGAUCCUUGAACUCCAUUCCAAGUGGGGUAAUAGAUGGUCAAAAAUCGCACAACACUUGCCUGGAAGAACAGACAAUGAAAUCAAGAACUACUGGAGAACAAAGGUACAAAAGCAAGCUCGACAUCUUAAGAUCGACUCCAAUAGCAAGAGAUUUGUCGAAGCACUUCGACAAUUUUGGCUACCAAGACUGUUUGAAAAGGUGGAUCAUACAUCACCAUCAUCGUCUACUUCUACCUCAACCAUGGAAGUUGAUCAAAAGAACUUGAUUCCUCAACCACAAGGUAUGAUGGAGAACAUGAAUUCAAGCUCAAGCAAUUCAGAAUCCUCAGGAUUUAAACUACCAUAUGUCUAUGAAACCUCACUCCAUAGCCAUAGCUACAACGUGGAUAACAAUAACUUUGACAAGAUUAGUCUAAAUCAACCAGACGUGCAAGAGUUGGGGUCUAGUGACAUGUCAAUCCUAGACUUUCAGUUAACAGAUGCGGAAUGGAUAAGCAAUGGCUUAGCAGACACUUUUUGGAACAUGGAUCAAUUGUGGUAAAUAGGGAAAUAAAGCGAUCCUGAUAUAACAUAAUACAUAUAUAUAUUUUAUAUUGGCAAAAAGAUAGGAAACAUAUGUUUUUUUUAUGUAUUUUCUCUUGAAAAAUCAUAUACCAUUGAACUUGAAGCUAAACUUUAGAAAUUAUUACAAGGGCUAGCUAGUGAUAUUUUUGAUUGAAGUGACGACAUGUUGGUAGGAGGACCCACCUUUGUUUACUCAAGUCUUGUUUGGAAGUGAGAAGACGUGUAUGCCCUCUACUAACUUCAUAUUUGCAAAUGAUAUUCAAUGUUAAUGAGAAUCUUUUUGCUUUUA